GCUUAAGUGCGUGCUAAGCUUUCUUCAGCUAAUGAAAAUCCAAAUUAUGGAGGAUGGGAUGAUAGCGCUUGUGGAGAACACAACAAACAAGACAAAUUCUCUUACACUAGCAACUUUGAGUACUUACCUCCUUUGGUACUGACAUGCUUACUUCCAAAAUCCUAUCCUAGCAAAGACCCACCAUAUUUUACAGUCGUCGCUAAAUGGAUGGAUGAACAUAAUGUUUCUCUACUCUGUGAGAUGCUUGACACCAUCUGGGCAGAGUUGCCGGGGCAGGAAGUGGUUUAUCAAUGGGUUGAGUGGAUACGGAAUGCUUCAUUGUCACAUCUCUGGCUUGAUGGCAAAAUAAUGUUAGUCCAUGACAUUCCAACGCACAAAGGAGAUAUGCGGGCAAUCUCAAGAGAUGUCUCAUUGGAUGUUGUGAUCCCUUCAAUGCUCAGUUACAAUAGUAAGAAGCAUUACCAAGCAUUUCUUGAGGAUCUUCAUAUGUGCAUGAUAUGCAUUAACCAGAGCAAAGGUUCAAACUUCAUCAAACUCCCAUGCCAACACUUGUUCUGUGUGAAAUGCAUGGAGACCUUAUGCAAGAUGCAUGUGAAGGAAGGUAGUUUGUUUCAGUUGGUAUGCCCGAACACCAAGUGUAAUGCUUCGAUCCCACACUAUUUAUUAAAGAGGCUUCUUAGCAAAGAAGAAUUUGAACGUUGGGAUAGGCUUGCUCUUGAGAAAGCGUUGGACUCAAUGGCAUACAUGGUUUACUGUCCAAAGUGUGCCAUAGGCUGCAUGGAGUAUGAGGAUAACAACGCACAAUGUCCGAAAUGUUCAUUUACCUUCUGCGGUUCUUGCAAGGAAGUACGGCAUCCAGGGAAGCAGUGUCUAACUCCAAAACAAAAGCUCCAGCGCCGGAAGGCGUCAGGCAAGUUGAAUGAAAGGGGGAUGUCACAGGAAAUGCUGAACAUCAGAGAACUGUACAAAGAUGUUCGGGUAUGUCCAAAUUGUCGAAUGGCCAUCAACAAAAGUGCAAGCUGCAAUAAAGUGAUGUGCACUAGUUGUGGUCAGCUAUUUUUCUUUCGUUGCUGCAAGACAAUCAAUGGCUAUGAUCACUUCAAGAACUGUCGGCUCUUCGAGGCUACAGAUAUGACCGACUGGGACAAGCAAAUGAUUGAACUACAGAAUGGAAUUCAGAUGCGAGCUCAAAAACAACCAUUGGGCGGCACCAUAAGAUGCCCCAAAUGUCGCGAAACAAAUUUCAAGGAUGAUGAGAAGUAUGUCUUCUGUUGGGCGUGCCGAACCAGCUACUGCACACUAUGCAAACGGAUAAUCCAGGAUAAGAUACUAAAGAGGGGGCACUGGGGGUCGCCGGAAUGCGUAGGAAAUUUGCAUGCCCAGUCCAUUAAUGACCAAAUAUCGCAUGAGGUUGAACUUCUCAAAAUACUAGAUGAUAACCCGCUGCGUUGCUGCGGGAACACUUGGUGA